AUGACCAUCGCCUUACUUGUUUCCGUGUUCUUGCUCAACUCAAAUCGCAUUCAGAAAGCCAUUGAGAUAUGCAGGGAAUGUUUGAUUUUGCUAAAUAGCACCGAUCAAAACAGCAAAGACAUCUUUAUAGUUCUUUUCAGCAAGAUGCUGCUUGCCUUAUACAUAAAGUCUGGAAUUAUGCUUCAAAAACUUGACGAAAACCUAAAGGCGAAGGAAUAUUUUAAGAGGGCCCUUGCUAUAGCUACCGAAAUUGGCAACAGAAGAGGAGAAGCAUCAUGUUAUGGAAACCUAGGUACUGUGUUUUUGUCGCUCGGACAAUACGCCAAGGCUAGAGAGUAUCUCCAAAAGGCGCUUGUCAUCAGAACUGAAAUUGGCGACAGAAAAGGAGAGGCAACGGACUACGGUAACCUUGGUACUCUGUUUUUGUCGCUCGGGCAAUACGACAAAGCUCAAGAGUAUCUCCAAAAGGCGCUUGUCAUCAGAACUGAAAUUGGUGACAGAGAAGGAGAGGCAACGAACUACGGUAACCUUGGUAGUGUGUUUAAGUCGCUCGGGCAAUACGACAAGGCUCAAGAGUAUCUCCAAAAGGCGCUUGUCAUCAGUACUGAAAUUGGCGACAGAACUAAGGAAGGAUCAUGGUAUCGAAACCUAGGUACUGUGUUUCUGUCGCUCGGGCAAUACGACAAGGCUAGAGAGUAUCUCCAAAAGGCGCUUGUCAUCAGUACUGAAAUUGGCAAUAGAAAAGGAGAGGGAAAUGACUACGGAAACCUUGGUACGGUGUUUCAGUCGCUCGGGCAAUACGACAAGGCUCAAGAGUAUCUCCAAAAGGCGCUUGUCAUCAGAACUGAAAUUGGCGACAGAAAAGGAGAGGCAACGGACUACGGUAACCUUGGUACUGUGUUUAAGUCGCUUAGGCAAUACGACAAGGCUCAAGAGUAUCUCCAAAAGGCGCUUGUCAUCAGAACUGAAAUUGGUGACAGAGAAGGAGAGGCAACUGACUACGGAAAUCUUGGUAAAUUGUUUCAGUCGCUCUGGCAAUACGACAAAGCUGAAGAGUAUCUCCAAAGAGCGCUUGUCAUCGAAACUGAAAUUGGCGACAGAAAUGGGGAAGCAUCAUGUUACGGAAACCUAGGUACUGUGUUUAAGUCCCUCGGGCAAUACGACAAGGCUCAAGAGUAUCUCCAAAAGGCGCUUGUCAUCAGUACUGAAAUUGGCGACAGAAAAGGAGAGGCAACUGACUACGGAAACCUUGGUACUGUGUUUCAGUCGCUCGGGCAAUACAAUAAGGCUCAAGAGUAUUUCCAAAAGGCGCUUGUCAUCAGAACUGGAAUUGGUGACAGAGCAGGAGAGGCAAAUGACUACGGAAAUCUUGGUAAUUUGUUUCAGUCGCUCGGGCAAUACGACAAAGCUGAAGAGUAUCUUCAAAGAGCGCUUGUCAUCAGUACUGAAAUUGGUGACAGAGGAGGAGAGGCAACUGACUACGGAAGUCUUGGUAAUUUGUUUCAGUCGCUCGGGCAAUACGACAAAGCUGAAGAGUAUCUCCAAAGAGCGCUUCUCAUCAGAACUGAAAUUGGUGACAGAGAAGGAGAGGCAACCGACUACGGAAAUCUUGGUAAUUUAUUUCAGUCGCUCGGGCAAUAUGACAAAGCUGAAGAGUAUCUCCAAAGAGCGCUUGUCAUCAAAACUGAAACUGGCGACAUAAAUGGGGAAGCAUCAUGUUAUGGAAACCUAGGUACUGUGUUUCUGUCGCUCGGGCAAUACGGUAAGGCUCAAGAGUAUCUCCAAAAGGCGCUUGUCAUCACAACUGAAAUUGGUGACAGAGGAGGAGAGGCAACUGGCUACGGAAACCUUGGUAAUUUGUUCCAGUCGCUUGGGCACUAUGACAAGGCUGCAGAGUAUCUCCAAAGAGCGCUUGUCAUCAAAACUGAAAUUGGCGACAUAAAUGGGGAAGCAUCAUGUUAUGAAAACCUAGGUACUGUGUUUCUGUCGCUCGGGCAAUACGAUAAGGCUCAAGAGUAUCUCCAAAAGGCGCUUGUCAUCACAACUGAAAUUGGUGACAGAGGAGGAGAGGCAAGUGGCUACGGAAACCUUGGUUAUUUGUUCCAGUCGCUCGGGCAAUACGACAAGGCUAAAGAGUAUCUCCAAAAAGCACUCGUCAUCAGAACUGAAAUUGGUGAUAAAGAAGGGAAAGUAGCAGAUCUUGCAAACUUUGGAUGUGUGUGUAGAGCUAUGGGAGAUUAUGAAGGCUCAGAAGUAUGCUUAGAGAAAGCUUUAUCGAUAUCCAGAGAUAUUGGAGAUAGAAGAAAAGAGUUCGAAAUCCUUCAAAGUUACGCCAUUUUGUAUUUGUCGCAAGAUAAAAAAAAAGAAUCCCGUUCGUGUCUGUAUCUCUGCAUUGAAAAAUAUGAGGAGCUGAGAUAUUUCUUAGGCGCCAAUGAUCAGUUGAAAACAUCAUUUCUGGAGAACUCAGGAAUAUUUCCCUACAAGCUGCUUUGUAGUUUGCUUUGUGACACCGGAAAUGCUCGGGAUGCUCUUUAUGUUGAGGAAUUGGGUCGAGCUAGAGGCCUAUCAGACUUAAUGGUAGAGAAGUACUCGGUUGAAACGCACAUCUCUGCUAAUCCGCAAUCUUGGUUUGGCGUUGAGAACAUUUUUAGAAAGAAAAAUAACUGUACUUGUCUGUACAUUUCUUAUUUUCACGGUGAUCUGCGUUUGUGGAUCUUAAAGAAAAGUGGAGUCCUUCACUAUAGAAGAAUAUCGGUAGAAGAGAAUCUAGUUCAGGCUGGGUUGCCCAAAGAUUUGCGUUCGAGUCAAUUUUUGGAUGGUAAUUUCCGGAGUCUUGGUAUUUUGCCCACUAAAGAUUGUGAAGAUCGGUCUUUAAAUAUGGUUAAAUUGCAACCUGUCUCCCCCGCACAGAAGAGCUCAGCAAGAUUGCUACUCGUGGAGGACGACGAGGACGAGGAUGAGGACGAGAAAGUGAUUUCAGGUCUAUUUUUGUGUUACAAAAUGUUUAUUGCUCCCGUUUAUGAUUUGCUUGAGGAGCCUGAAGUCAUUAUCGUUCCUGACCGCAGUUUGUACAAAGUUCCCUUUGCUGCACUGAGUGAAAAGGAGGGAGCCCAAUACCUCUCGGAAACUCAUAGAAUCCGUGUCAUUCCUUCUUUGACAACACUCAAGAUUAUUGAAGAUAGCCCAGAGGACUAUCACAGCAACACUGGUGCCUUGAUAAUAGGCAACCCUAAGGUUGUUUGGCUGCCGCCAUUGCCAGGGGCAAGAAAGGAAGCGGAGAUGGUCGGACGACUGGUGGGUGUUCCGCCUCUGGUAGGAGAAGAAGCAACGAAGCAGGCGGUGCUUGAGCGGAUAAGUUCAGUGAGCCUGAUUCAUUUUGCUGCCCAUGGUGACGCUGAAAGGGGAGAAAUUGCCCUCUCCCCCAUCCCUAGUACCUCCAACAGGCGAAACGCUAUCUUACGACAUGAAGAUUACAUGUUGACGAUGGCUGAUGUAUCACGAGUGAAAGUCAGAGCUAAACUGGUGGUACUUAGCUGCUGUCACAGUGGAAGAGGUCAGAUUAGAGCCGAGGGAGUUAUAGGAAUUGCCCGUGCGUUCUUAGGAUCCGGUGCUCGCUCGGUGUUGGUUGCGCUGUGGGCCAUUUCAGACUCAGCAACAGAGCAGCUGAUGAGUCGGUUCUACGAACACCUUGUAGAAGGAGAAAGUGCCAGUGAAUCCCUUCAUCAGGCCAUGAAGUGGAUGAGAAAAAGCAAGUCUACCAGAGUGUCUGAGUGGGCUUCGUUUACGCUGAUUGGAGAUGAUGUGAGACUCGGGUUUGACAAGCAGAGGUAA